AGACUGGCGACCCUCCUUUAACUCUGUCGAUCUGAAGUAUGACGCGGAUGAUGUCAAACCUGGUGUUGCUAUGGUUCUGGAAGUUCUGCCUGAUGUUAAUUGGACCAAAAAACCUUCAUUUUGCUCGUUCAGCCAAUGUACGUUCAGGUCGCGAGGGUGCUUCUCACCCUGGCCGGGGUCCAACAGCCAUCGACGGUCGGGGUGGAAAAGUCGUAAAAAAUGGCGUUGGACCUGGACACAACCACCACCAAAGCGUUUUUUGACAAUUAUCAGAAGGACUUCACCUCCCAUGUUUCGUGGUCUCACACUGCCUCAAACUAUUCUCAUGAAACUAGUGAUUCUUCCCAGAACAGCUUUAAAAAAAGGAACCCAACAGAUAAUCCUGAUUAUGAGGGUGAAGCAGAUCUACAGGGUUUAGUAUCAAACAUUUUGGAUGAGAAAAAUGCAAGUGAGAGCUACUACAGCGAAAGCUUACCUGGCAGGAAUCCCAUCUGGUCUCCAAAGACGCUGAGAGAAGAACUGCAAUGUUAUCCCUCAGAAGAUAAAGUGUUCCUAAAUACCCCCUUUUCCUCAAAUCAUAUACCCCAUGACAUGUUCAACAAAGCACCACAGCCCAUGGUUGAGUUGAGUCAACAAUUCAAUUCAGUUGCUACUAAUGAACAAUAUCAUCCCAAUUUAACCAAUAGAGACAGUUGUUCCCUCCAGCUGAAGAAACUGCCACCAGGUCUACCAGUGCCCAACGCAGUAAAUGCAGAUUCACCUGAAAUGCGUCUAAAUAAAUACACCUGGAUGUCAAAUAAUAUGGAGAAAGAAGCCAAUCAACCUCUGAAUAAUUACCCAGAGCUCAGCCACAUCUAUAAACCUCCAAACAACAUGAACGGAUCCCCUUUUGAUGCUUUCUAUGACGACUGCUCCAUUCAGGCUCCUGUAAACGCCACUCAUAAUAAGCAGUAUGCUCAGGGGGGCAUGAACCAGCUGGUGCGAAGUUUCCAGUCACUUAUAGCCUCUGAGAAUGAUCACAUUUCCCCUGGAGAUUUUCCAAACAUGCACAAAAAACCCCAGAGCAUGCUCAAAGAUCGAAAGACUGAACAGUACCAAAUUUAUAGUCAAGCAAUGUCACCACAAAGUGCUCCGGUAAUGCAGAACGCAAAACAGCUGAUGGACAACCUGGGAUCCGUGCAACAUGGAAGAGCUGGAGAUUUGAGGAAGCAAACGUGUAAUCGUGACGGCUCUCAGCACCUUAGUCAUUUCAGCCCUCACCACAGGGACUAUUUUCAGCAAUCAAACCAAUCAUCUCCCUGUUUUGAAGUCACAAAUCACUCACAGAAAAGGAUGGCAACAGAUUACACAAAUGUAGGUACGAGCCCCUAUUUUAAUUAUCACAUCCCACAAACCCAGAUGCACAAGAUCAAGCAGCAGAUGCAAAAAGAGAAGAGGAGGACACCCGCACCUGGCUUUCAUGGAGAGGACUUCUCCAAGAGGCACCAAAUCAACACUUACGUGACGCCAGAAAAGAAAACCCAAUUCUCACACAAUAUCUACUUCCAAGGGAGCAUGCAGUCUCACAGAGCUGAAGAACACCAUAUGGUCUGUGCAGAGAAUUCUACUAGAUUUAGGCCUUUUGUACGUCCUGGGAAAGAUCUGAGAAGGCACUCGAGCUCGGAUGUCAACUCAGAGUUUCUCCCUAAAUCAACGUCCCUCCAUGAACUUCGUAUGUCUGGCAAUGAGGCUUCAGGCUACAGCUCAAAUGUCAGCAACCUGAAGACCUCCAGGAGAGAGAUCUCUUUUCAAAGUCACCCGUCAGCCGCUACUCCUCCUCCUCUGAUGAAUCAAGGACCCGUGAGCCAGCUCCACAUCUACGUGGAUGAAUGUGACAGAGAGUGGAGGGCUUUGGAGAAGGAAAGAAAGGCGAUUGAGGGCACUCUGAGAAAGACUUUCCCUGGAAUAAAAAUUCCAGCAGGCACCAACUUGAACCUCCCCAGACCUUCAGGAAGCCCCACUAAACUGGACCACAUUGUUGUUAAUCAGAUGAGAGAACAAAUAAAGGUAGCAAACCUUUUAGAAAGAAUGGAGGCUCUGUGCGACGCUCCACUGCAGAACAACAUACACACAGUCCUGAAAAGGCAUCACAUGGCUGUUUGUAUCACACAAGCAAGAUGCAGCGAGGAUAGCAGGAGCAUCAAACACCAACAACAGAAACCCCCUUUCAUGGAAAACAAAGCUACCUUGAUGGUCAUGGCACUGCAGGAUCUCGCAGCGACCACCAGGAGGCUCCGCACAGCCUUGUGGUGCGCCUUGCAGAUGACGCUGCCACGCCCCAUCCGGACACCCGAAUACCACGAUUAUGAGGCAGCCACAUGCACAGAGAAGUGCAGCGUUCCGUUCGAAGGUUACUCUUUCACACUCAUGAAUUAACUAGUUGAAAGUUUGGAUUAAGAUAGUAGUAACGAGUUCUUUUAGCAUCAUUUUCCUUUGAGUGAUUGUUCACAGUUGUCUGCAAAGGUGGUUGCUGCAGAAAAUGAGAUGACAGAAUCUUUUUGGCACCAUAGAGCUUUUUUGUGUAUUAAUUGCAUGAAAUGUAUUCCCAUCCUCUUAACCCAGUUUCCUUUAAUUAGUGUCAACUCCAAACCAACAUCAAUCUUGUACCAUCACUGUUGUAUUUAAAGACACUAUUUAUGUGGAAGAGUUCGCCGAAUUCUUCAUUUUACCUAUUUAUUCAAACAGUUAACAAACCGGUUUUAGGCAUUCCAGUAAUUCAAUCACAGAGUUGUUUCAAGUGCUAAACAAUGAUUUGUUCUCUAAAAAUUCCCAAUCAUUUUGUUUUGUUUUUUAUUCUAAGGUUAAGAUCCUGAAAUCAGAAACUCGUUUUAAAAAGUUAUCAAAACAUAUAUCUAGUGUAUUAAAACUUAAACUCUUCAUAAAGUUAUUAGUCACAAAAAAAGCAUUGUGGGUUUUUCCUGAGCCUUUUUAAGGCCUCUUGUCAAUAGUUUGCAGUUUAUUUUAAAUUAUAAAAUUAAACAUCAACUAGUAGGUUUGAGUUACUACAGCAUUUUACCACAUAAUCAUACAGUUUCUUCUAAAAAUGCCUCUGGGGCGAGGAUGUCCAUGUUAAGAUAAGGUCGUUUUGUUGUGACAUGUUGCCAUAGUGUGAGGUUUCCUUAUGGAUCCAGAUGUGUUCUCCCAAAGCUU